GAGGAGUGCGCGUUCUACGUGCACUACAUCGUGGGUGACUUGCGGUGCGGCAGUGCGACCACCUUGGUCCGAGCCCUGUCCGAUCAUCGACUGCUGAGCGGAGACAAUGUGAAAGGCGUGACGCUCUGGUACUUCGAUCCCUCCCUGAUCUGCGAAAACCACCCCUAUGCACGAGUCACGUCGAACAUCUUCACGAGGACACCCGUCUUCGACCGACAGAGCUGUGGAGUGUUCGCGGAUGCUUUCGACCGAGUGGGGCGCGAGGAGGACAUCUACUUCACCCUGGAUGGCGGCGUUCAAAAGGGUGCGUCCGAGAUACGCAAGAGUAUUGGGAAGCUGGAGAAUCAGGUUCCGCUCCAGCAGAUAUUGCUC